AGUGUGUUUCUGGUUAUUGGUUUGGUUUCUGUUGGUGCUUCUGAUCUUUGUUGAGUUUCAUUCAUUCUUCCCAUGCUGUUCGAUUAAUUUCUCUUUUUUUCAAUUUGGGACUUUAACCAUUGGAUUGCCAAACUGUAAAUCUAGCUAACAGGGUUAUGAGGUGAGCUUAACAUCCCGUUUGGUUGCCCGGGAAGAUGCAAAAAAGAAGAAGAAGAAGAAGAAGAAAAGCACAUAGUUAGCUUGUUUCCUGCUUCCUAUUCGGUCUGGUUAACUGACAAUGGGAAAUAUAGUGGGAAAGAGUGAAUCGACUAGAAAGGGUUGGAUAGCAGAAACAAAGCUUGAAGCAAAAAUGGUCGAAGCUAUGAAGAAGAGGGCAUCUGGAGGAAGUGCAAUCAAAUCAUUCAACAGCAUAAUCUUGAAAUUCCCAAAAAUAGAUGAGAGCUUAAGAAAUUGCAAGGUUAUUUUUGAGCAAUUCGACGAGGAUUCAAAUGGUGCCAUAGAUCAUGCGGAGUUGAAAAAGUGUUUCAAUAAGCUGGAAAUUUCCUUUACAGAGGAGGAAAUCAAUGAUCUCUUUGAGGCAUGUGAUAUUAAUGAGAAUAUGGGUAUGAAGUUCACUGAGUUCAUUGUACUUCUCUGCCUUGUCUAUCUUCUCAAAGACGAUCCCGUUGCCCUUCAUGCUAAAUCACACAUGGGGAUGCCCAAUCUGGAGGCCACAUUUGAAACUUUGGUGGAUGCAUUUGUCUUCCUGGACAAGAACAAGGAUGGUUAUGUCAGCAAGAGUGAGAUGGUCCAAGCCAUAAAUGAAACUACAUCAGGAGAAUAUAGUUCUGGACAAAUAGCCAUGAAAAGAUUUGAAGAGAUGGACUGGGAUAAAAAUGGAAUGGUGAACUUCAAAGAAUUUCUCUUUGCAUUCACCCGUUGGGUUGGAAUUGGUGACAUCGAGGAUGAAGAAGGUGAAGAAAAUGUCUGAAUUAAUAUAUUUGAGCCUCUCCAGCCAUCUUUGGUUAUGAUGACCGAAACUGCAGAUCCUCAAGCUGUCGAGUUCCUCCAUAUUAUUAACUUUUCCAAUAAUAGCCAUGUUGAUAUAAACAUGUAUAAUUAUAUCCUGAUUCCUUCCUUGAAUUACUAGGUAUAUAGCCAAGUAUACAACCCAAUGCAACUAUUUAUCUGCUGCAGAGGAUGAGUUUGUAAUGGUUUCAAGCAGUCAUGCAUGAAAGAGAGGCUAGUAAUUAAAUGGAUGUUUUUUUUGUGGUUAAA